AUGUCAGAGUCUGUAGCAGCAGCGCCUACAACUGCACUUUGCCGUUUUUACGUGCUUGGCAAAUGCCGCUACGGCAGCUGCUGCACCUUCUCACAUACACUCCCCUCCCAAGUGAACGAGUGCGCCUCAGAUGAGACCGCGGGGCUGUCGGCGGCAGCGGCGCUAGUGGAUUGUCCAUUUUAUCUUCGCGGCAAUUGCAAAUACGGCGACCACUGUCGUCUCAGACACAACCCAGCCAUGCUGUCUGGAGCUCGUGUUGCAGCUUCAGCUCACUUUACGUGUGGCAUCUGUUUCGACGACAUCGUCCAGUCUGGCAAGCAUUUUGGUCUAUUACAUUGCGACCAUUGCUUCUGUCUGGAUUGCCUGCGUUCAUGGCGCCAGUCGAAGGAUAUGGAGCUGGAAGUGAUUCGUGCAUGUCCUGCAUGUCGUCUGCCGAGUGAUUUCAUCGUUCCGUCGCUUAUAUUCGUGACUGGAGAAGAGAAACGCAAGGCUGUCGAGGCGUACAAGAGUCAUUUGGCUCUGCGUGAGUGCAAAUACUUUAACGGACUAUUUGGUAGCUGUCCGUUCGGUCCACGUUGCUUCUACGCACACCGCGACUCGGAAGGUCGCGACGUUAAGCAUUUGGAUCGCCCCAAACGAUCGACAAAGCCGCGACGUGGGCGAAAUGGCCAUCAAGGUGGAGACGCAGCGCUGCAGUCGUUGCUGCAACAAUACAGCCAUCUGUUUCACUUUUUUGAAGUUGCAGACUGGGACGACUUCGAUCUCGUCGGUGGCUUGUACGACUCAGAUGACUCGGAUGAUGACGACGUCCAGUAUGGUUUUUCAGACGACUACGACACAGAAUAA